AUGAUGGGGACUAUGUCUCUUGGUUCUUCCAUCGUCAUUUCGAAGAAAGGGGCUGUCACUUUGUUGAGUAAUGACAAGAAUUAUUACCCCUCAUUCUUGUCAAAGAAAAACACCAACUGUUUGAUGAAUUGCCAAAGUGAAGGAAACGUCAUUAAAACCAAUGGGGUGUCAGUAUCUGUUUCAUCAUCUUUCACAAAAAGAUCCAUUUUGGUGAAUGUUGGUCCUGGAACAGCUCUCUUGGAUGCCGAAAGAUCCGUUUUGCCUCCAAAUGGUAACGUUUACAAUGGUGCACAAAAUUGCAUUGGGAUUGUGAAUAUACUCAAGGGGAAAGCCUUCUUUGUUAUUGGAGCAAUUGGUUUCUUGGGAAAAGAAGAUACUACGCAUAUUGUCUGA